ACCUUGAUGCUUUCGAUGGACAACUUCCGGAUGUAGAGUUAAAGCAUGAACCUCAAGAUUUACAGCAUGGAAAUGGUCAAAUGGGGAAGCUCUCAGAUGAGACUUAUGAAAAAGUUCACAAUUUACAAGUAACAAUUAAUGAACUUCGAGAAGAACUUGAAACAUUACGACCUACAGUUCAUGGACUUCGAGACGAACUUGAAACAUUACGAAUUAUAGCUGAUGAACGUGAAGAAGAAAUUGGAAGAUUACGACCUAUAGCUGAUGAACGUGAAGAAGAAAUUGGAAGAUUACGGCCUAUAGCUGAUGAACGUGAAGAAGAAAUUGGAAGAUUACGGCCUAUAGCUGAUGAACGUGAAGAAGAACUGCUUGAAAAUGAAGACAAUUACGACCUUGAUGCUUUCGAUGGACAACUUCCGGAUGUAGAGUUAAAGCAUGAACCUCAAGAUUUACAGCAUGGAAAUG